CGGGAGUGUUGCAUUGUGGGGUUCGUUUCGUUGAUCGCUAACCGAGCGGGUGAAGUAAUGAAUUAAUAGAUUCGGGUGCUUAAAACAUUCCUCCCCGUGCUUUAGUCUAAUAAGCGCGGGAUCUGUUCAGUUACCCGGGCGGCUCGAGAAUGAAUGUUUGGAGUUGAAUCAUGAUUAUAAACGUGCACAGCAAAAGCAGCAGCACUGAUGUGUGGAUGUGGAGAGUCAGCGUAAACUGAUCAAACCGAAAGGUACCGACUCUCAUCCUCCUCCCUUCCUUGUGCCAAACACUCACAGUCUUACCGACGUCUUCGGAUUUUCAAAUGUGUUCACGUGUGUGUAUUCCCAGCCUUUCGUGAUCUGCUCCGAGAAAACCGACCGCACCAUCUGAGUCUCCACACAAAGCCGCCGCUGCUGUCGGUGUUUUAUCAUCAACAAAGCCGUUGAGCCUCCUCUCCUGGUUUGACUCCUUCAAACACAGAAGCGUCUCGGCUGCUCAUCCCUCAUGGCAUCUUCUUCGGGGAACGACGAUGAUCUGACCAUCCCGAGGGCGGCGAUCAAUAAAAUGAUCAAAGAAACGCUUCCCAAUGUGCGGGUAGCGAACGAUGCCAGAGAGCUGGUGGUAAACUGCUGCACAGAGUUCAUUCACCUCGUCUCAUCAGAGGCCAACGAGAUCUGCAAUAAAUCAGAAAAGAAAACUAUAUCCCCGGAACAUGUUAUAAACGCACUGGAAAGUCUAGGAUUUGGGUCAUACAUCGCAGAAGUAAAAGACGUUCUGCAGGAGUGUAAAACUGUAGCACUUAAAAGAAGAAAGGCCAGCUCUCGACUAGAGAACCUUGGCAUUCCUGAGGAAGAACUUCUCCGCCAACAACAGGAAUUAUUUGCUAAGGCACGGCAGCAACAGGCUGAACUGGCACAGCAGGAGUGGUUACAGAUGCAGCAGGCCGCCCAGCAGGCACAGUUAGCUGCGGCUUCGGCCAGUUCCACUCAGCAGGCCGGAUCUUCCCAGGAUGAAGAUGAAGAGGACGACAUGUGAAUCCUGGCAGGCUUUGGCUGAAGCACACGGAUAGAUUUACAAAUUAUAUAUAUAUAUAUAUAUAUAUAUAUAUAUAUAUAUAUAUAUAUAUAUAUAUAUAUAUAUAUAUAUAUAGAUAGAUAUCUAUAUAUACAUAUAUAUGUAUAUAUAUAUAGAUAGAUAUCUAUAUAUACAUAUAUACAUAUAUAUGUAUAUAUAUAUAUGUAUAUAUAUAUAUAUAUAUAUAUAUAUAUAUAUAUAUAUAUAUAUAUAUACAUAUAUGUAUACAUAUAUAUACAUACAUACAGACAUGUACUGUCUCCCACACACAACUCAGCCCUCCGUAAACCUUAGCAGAGAAGAAGCUCUGCAGUAUUGUCUCCUAUAUAAACUUUUAAAAUCCCAGAUCAGCAGUAUAAACUGACGGUUUAGAAGCAGUCAUGGGUCAUCUCCUGUGAUUCAUUUUUGUUUUUAUUUUUUGCUACGUUCACGUCAGUUCACUUGUUAACUAGAAUCAUUAGCUCUUGAAACUCCAGUUAUUUUUUUGUGAUUUAAUUAAAGCCAGUUGUCAUAAGUUUCUUUGUGUAUGUGUGUGGGAAGGAUGUUUAGUCAUGUGAUGUGGCUGUGACACGAGGCACGCCAUUGGUUAUAUACAGGAGCUGGCGUUUUGAAUCGCUGCGUCCUGUUUUAGGUGACUUGCGUAUUUCUCUUAUAUUUGUCUUUGUAAAAUAGCUUAAAGAGACACAAUUGGGGAACAUUUUUGGUAACUGAUUUUUACAGCCGUUCAUCCCCACUUCUGUAUUUCUCUUUGUUCUGCUGAGCGAUAUCAGAGAACGUGAUUUGUAAUGUAGGAUGUUGCAUUUUGGUUCGUUUUUUUUUUUUUUACUUUCAAGUAAGGAUAAAGAUGAUGUAGAUAGGCUUUUACCUGCCCUGUGUUCAGAACAGUAUUCCGAGGAAAAGAUUUACACGUGCAGAAUAAUAUCUGUCUCAUAGUACCAAAGAUAGAUGAAACUAUGAAAAAAUAAUUAACAAAUCAGUCACCGGAUAGGCUUCAGAAAUCUGCUCAUGGUAUUUGUUCUCUAUAUGACAUGAGAGCGUUUAAUUGCAGACAUCACUGAGCUCUCUGUAACUCACACUUUGUACAAUUUUUUGAUAGCAGAUUAUGUUUUGUUUUUUCCAGGUGCAAUGUGUAAAAGUUGUGAAUGUGUGGUUAAUUCAUAUCUUGUGAUGACUGGUAUGGUGUAGUUGAGAAACGUAUUCACAUGCCUUUGCAAAAGCUGUAUUCUCUAAGCAAUAAAGUCAACCCAUUUUAUA